AUGGACACUCGGUCGAGUUUCCAACGAUGUGCACCGGCAAACCUCAACGACCUCAAACCCGCAACAGCAGACACAUCCAAUAUUUUCUUCCACUUCAGUCACUACAUCUCCUCCCAGCCCUCCCGCGUGAACAGCCUCAACCCGUCGCACCAAGACAUUCUCGCAACAAUGUCGAGCAACAACUCGGGAAACUCCUCGCGCAACUGGGACGACAUCCUCAAGCACGGCUCGGCGCUGAGCAUCUUGAAACCUGAUGUUGCCUUUUCUGGGACCAGUUCGGGCAGCACCUCGGGCUCGACUUCGGGUGGCCCGUCUGGCGGCUCUUCUGGUGGCAGCACAUACCCGUCUGGCGGUCAGACCUCUGGAAGCACCACUCAACGCUGA